AUGGUAACCUCAUCACAAAAUGUAGAUUUAACACCAGCAGUAGACGAAAACAGCACAUUGUUCAACAUGUCAUCAACAAAUACUGUAACAUUAUCAACUGGAAUAAGUACAUCAUCCGAACAAAAUCCUGAUUUAAGUGAACAUUAUAUGACAACAUCGCAUGAAACACAUCAUGGAUUCACAUCCUCAUCAACUGUCAUGUUUGAUAAAACAAUUGAAUCUAGCACAUUAGGUAGCGAAACAAGCAUAAUAGAUAACAGGUAUUCUGUGACUCCUGGGAAAGAAAUUUCACCAACAAUAAAUCGAGCAAAUAGCAUUACAGAAGUUAGCAGCACAGAUGUGAACGCAUCCCAUCCUGUAUAUCUCAUGCUUAUGUUCAUGUUUAAUUAUACGACGGAAAUUGAUUUAGAUACUAAAUCAUUAGUGAAAGACCUACGCACAGAGCUGAUCCCAUUCUUCAACAAAACCAAUGCUUUCCGAGAUCUUGUUGUCACCAGAUGGAGAAUCCUACGAGGAAUAGUUCCUUUACAAAUAAAAGUAAUUUAUAACAAGAUAGAUCUGCUGGACAUAUUGAAGUCAAACAAUACAUUCAAAUUGAUACAGUAUGUUAACCAAACUACAUUGUACGAACUGUUGAACACAAACCACGAGUGGCAUCAUAAUCUAACAUUAGCCAAAGCAUCCUUAAGAAAGUUCAGGAAAAGUUCAAACUUUGCAAGUCAAGAAAUCAAGAGUCCAUGCGAUCUUAUCAAAGAUGUUUGUCAAAAUUGCAAAACAUCAAGAAGAGCCAAACAUGGAGUUUUUUGUUCGUUUAUUAUUCCAAGUACAACGUACCCAAGUGAAAACAAAAAAUGA